AUGACGAUUUCACCUCAACCGGGAAGCCAACAUUUUGAAUCACAUCAAUGGACAACUGAAAGUCGAAGAACAUUGUCACCACGUAAGUUAUUUUUGUUCUACCAAACAUUUAACUAUGUAUAUUUUUCUAGAAAUCGUCCAACAUCAAAGAAGUGAAUCUCGUGGUUCAACAAUUCCCGAUCCAGUUGAUCGACAUGUUGCAAAAUGGAGAAGUGAAAGUAGAAAUUCGAAUCGGGAUAAAGUUUUUCGAAAUGAUGAAGAAUUCAGUCAACGUAAGAUAAUCCAAAACAAUUUCGCAAAAUAUAAAUAUUUUCAGAAGAUGAAAUUGUCAAUAAUACAUUGUCAGCAUUGAAAAAUGAUGUUGAACAGACAACUGAAAUUAUUCGACGAAAACAAGAACAAAUGGUUUGUUUUAUAUUUUUCGAAGAUUUGCUAUUCGUUAUUUUUAGAGAAUUGAACGCCGUCAAUUCCAAACUGAAAUGGAAGUAACUGGAAGAAUUUCAGUUGAUCCAGCAGAUGAUUGGUUGGCAGCAAGAUUGAAAAAUGUAUCAUCGGAUGAAAUGAAACAAACUCUAGGAAAAUUGAAAGAUGAUCAACGUUAGUUUAAAAUUCGCCAAAUAAUUAUUUUCAAGUUAAAUCUUCAGGUCAAAACGCUGUGACUGAUACAUUAGCUGCUUUGGUUUAUGAUGUAAAUGCAACAACAGAAGUACUACGACGUGCUCAACUUGGAAGAGAUCGAGAUAAUGCAAGCAAAAAUAAGAAAGAAGAAAUUGAAUAUCGAUUAAGAUUAACACCAGCUCCAGAAGAUAUUCCACCACAAAGACAAGUUUAUCGUAAGUUUGCAUCUCUACUUAUUUUUUGAAUAAAAUGGGAAUGUUAUAGCAAAUGAUGAAGAAGUUGAAGAAACCGAUUUCUCACAUAAUUAUGGAGUUCAAUUAUCAGAGGAAACAGAUAGUCUUCGAAGACGUCGUGCAAGAUCAACAACUCCAAGAAGAACAUUACAUAUUUCUGGAUCUCCACCACCUCCAGCAGCUGCUGUCUGUGCAUAUUGUAGCGAAGAAAUUGAUGGUCCAAUUUUAACUGCUUUGGCACCAAAUUCGGAAAGAGCACAAAAAUUCCAUACUUAUCAUUUUAUGUGUACUUAUUGUCAAAAGGCUUUGAAUAUGCAUGGAACAUUUAGAGAACAUGAUAGAAAACCAUACUGUCACGAUUGUUUCUACAAAUUAUAUAAUGGUUUACAAUAUGCUCCAGAUGAGCAUCAAGCAACUAUUGAAAAACUUAUUUAG